UAGCAUCAAUAAUCUGCACGACCAUGGAACAAUACGUCCUGCUAAAUCUCUGGGCGAUUCGGGCACUCGGAAUUUGGCAUCCGGAGAAAGACCCUUCUCGUUUUCGACUCAACAUUUACGGUCUCCUAAGAUCGCUGGCCGUGGGUUCGGUACUUUUCAUCUUCAUACCAGCCGCGAUAGCAGUGCAGAAUAAUUUCUCGCGAAAUUCAAGCCUCUCUACCAAAGUAGAGAUCCUCUCGCUCCUGAUAAGCUCAACCGUCGUCCUAUGCAAGACGGUGGACAUCGUUCUGCGUCGAAAUCAGGUCCAGAAUCUGAUCUCCAAGAUGUCGGAAUAUUGGCGAGGAGCAACGAGCGAGGAAAUCGGCGUGAUCGCGAGAUACGCGAGGUUCGGAAAAUCGGUUACCAAGUUUUACUUCACACUGGGUGGUCUGAGCUCCGUCUUUUUCGCCGCGCAGCCAUUCCUCAGUUCGUACUUCGCCGCCGGUGGCGAAAAUUCUUCGACGGUCAUCGUCAGCCGGCUGCCCUUCAACGGAUGGGAAAACCUCGUAGACCACUCUUCGACGCCGACCUUCGCCGUCGUCUUUGUCUGCCACGUCGUCGCCGGGACUGUCGCUUCCCUGGCUUCCAUCAGCUACGACUGUCUCUUCGCCGUCCUGGUCCUCCACGUCUGCGGCAACCUUCGCGCUAUAGUCUUGAAUCUGAGGAAUAUGAAAUUUGCAAACGACGACGAGAGCGAAGGGCGAGUUAUUCGCUGCGCUGCAACAUUCCAAAAUCUCAUUGAGUACACCAAGGAGCUGGAUAAUUGUUUGAGCAUGUUUCUUCUGAUCCAGUCGACAUCCAGUACUUUAACCAUUUGUCUGACCGGCUUCUUGGUGAGCAGGGAUAUUGAUGGGAAUAGCGAAUUGGGAAAAUACGUGUCUUACUGGGCAGCAGCCCUGUUUCAGCUCUUUAUAUUCUGCUGGUCGGCAAACUAUUUGCAAACCGAAUCGAUUAUGGUUGGCCAAUCGGCGUACGAAGCGUAUGGAAAAUUGAUGAACCUGAAUCCAGAAAGCGACCGUCGACGGUGUCACCGACUUGUGAACGUCCCUCGACAUUUGCAAAUGAUCAUUCUACGCUCGCAGAAACCGCUUAAAAUAACAGCCGGAAAGUUCUACGUCAUGUCUUUGAGGACCUUUAAAAAUAUUCUGAGCAACUCCUACUCGUAUUUUACAAUUCUACGUGCCUUUGCGGAUAAAAAAAUUUGAUCAAUGACCUGGUACAAUCCUUAAAUAAUUUAAGUCUCACUGGAAUUCUCCCGACACUGAUAUUCGGGGGAAACCUCAUGGGUAAGUGAAAAGGUGAGACGAUAAAUAAUU